GAUGCAAGAAUAUAAUGUAAAACCAGAAGAUAAAGUUAUUUGUUUCGGUCAAUUACUUGGAAUGUGUGAUCAAAUCAGCUUCACACUAAGUCAAGCUGGUUACUCCGUCUACAAAUAUGUUCCAUAUGGUCCAAUUGAAGAAGUUCUCCCCUAUCUAUCAAGACGUGCUCUAGAGAAUGGUUCAGUUCUACAGAAUACGCUGAGAGAACGUGAAAUUCUCUGGUGUGAAUUAAAAAGACGUUUGAAAACUGGACAAUUUGUUUAUAAACCAUAAAUCUGCAUCCUCAUCAGCAACAGCAUUAUCAUCAUUCCAUGCUUUUCCAGGCUUUUACUCUUUUCUUUUACUUUUUUGUUGUUGUCUUUUUCACGCUCUCCCUCCUCUUCAUAAUGAUGAUGUAAUCAGCUAGAUUUAUUUCCCUCUAUCUGUAUGUUUAUGUGUGUGCGUGUGUGUACAGUUUACAUUUGAAGUGUUUAUCCUGAUUACUCGUUUUUUGUUUGUUAUUGUGAGAAAGUUCCUCCCAAAUUAUAAUUAUCUUUUAAUUGAAAAGUAAAAAUUCAAUUAAAUCAAUAUGAC